UGGAGGAGUUGAUGUGUCUCAUUAUAACAGCCAAUGCAGCCGCCAUCCACGCACAAGCAAAGAAGCAUGUCCCAUUUAAAUACACCCACGCAGCCCCUGCGCCCUUAGCAGAGCAGGGCGCGCAGCCCACACGCACCGCGGCUCCGGGCUUGGAGAUCCGCGCAGGUUGGGCUCCCGGACCCGGCGGACCGAAGAAGAGCGGAGGAUAGGGAUCGGGUGCUGUGGGGCCGGGGUGGGCGGGGGAGGCUGGGCCCCGGGCCUCUGGCGCGACACCCGCAUGAGGACGCGAGUGAAAUAGACCAAGGUGGAAUUUCCAAGGGAGAAGCUUCAGGGUGGUUUUGGACCAUUUCUCCCGCGAAGAAGUAGACAUGGCGAGCGACUCCCCGGCUCGCAGCCUGGAUGAAAUCGAUCUCUCGGCUCUGAGGGACCCUGCAGGGAUCUUUGAAUUAGUGGAACUUGUUGGAAAUGGAACAUAUGGACAAGUUUAUAAGGGUCGUCAUGUUAAAACGGGCCAGCUUGCAGCCAUUAAAGUUAUGGACGUCACAGGGGAUGAAGAGGAGGAAAUCAAACAAGAAAUUAACAUGUUGAAGAAAUAUUCUCAUCACCGGAAUAUUGCUACUUACUAUGGUGCUUUUAUCAAAAAGAACCCACCAGGCAUGGAUGACCAACUUUGGUUGGUGAUGGAGUUUUGUGGUGCUGGCUCUGUCACUGACCUGAUCAAGAACACGAAAGGUAACACCUUGAAGGAGGAGUGGAUUGCAUACAUCUGCAGGGAGAUCUUACGAGGGCUGAGUCAUCUGCACCAGCAUAAAGUGAUUCAUCGAGAUAUUAAAGGGCAGAAUGUCUUGCUGACUGAGAAUGCAGAAGUUAAACUAGUGGACUUUGGUGUCAGUGCCCAGCUUGAUCGAACAGUGGGCAGGAGAAAUACCUUCAUCGGGACCCCUUACUGGAUGGCACCAGAAGUCAUUGCCUGCGACGAAAACCCAGACGCCACAUAUGAUUUCAAGAGUGACCUGUGGUCGUUGGGAAUCACCGCUAUCGAGAUGGCAGAAGGUGCUCCCCCUCUCUGCGACAUGCAUCCCAUGAGAGCCCUCUUCCUCAUCCCCCGGAACCCAGCGCCUCGCCUGAAGUCGAAGAAGUGGUCAAAAAAAUUCCAGUCAUUUAUUGAGAGCUGCUUGGUAAAGAAUCACAGCCAGCGACCAGCAACAGAACAAUUGAUGAAGCAUCCAUUUAUACGAGACCAACCUAACGAACGACAGGUCCGCAUUCAACUCAAGGACCAUAUCGACAGAACAAAGAAGAAGCGAGGAGAGAAAGAUGAGACAGAGUACGAGUACAGCGGAAGUGAGGAAGAAGAGGAGGAGAAUGACUCCGGAGAGCCCAGCUCCAUCCUUAACCUGCCAGGGGAGUCCACUCUGCGGCGGGACUUCCUGAGGCUCCAGCUGGCCAACAAGGAGCGCUCGGAGGCCCUGCGGCGGCAGCAGCUGGAGCAGCAGCAGCGGGAGAACGAGGAGCACAAGCGGCAGCUGCUGGCCGAGCGCCAGAAGCGCAUAGAGGAGCAGAAGGAGCAGCGCCGGCGGCUGGAGGAGCAACAACGGCGGGAGAAGGAGCUGCGGAAGCAGCAGGAGAGAGAGCAGCGCCGGCACUACGAGGAGCAGAUGCGCCGGGAGGAGGAGAGGAGGCGCGCGGAGCACGAGCAGGAGUACAUCAGGCGACAGUUAGAGGAGGAGCAGAGACAGUUAGAGAUCUUGCAGCAGCAGCUACUGCAUGAACAAGCUCUACUUCUGGAAUAUAAGCGCAAACAAUUGGAAGAACAGAGACAAGCAGAAAGACUGCAGAGACAGCUAAAGCAAGAGAGAGACUACUUGGUGUCUCUCCAGCAUCAGCGUCAGGAGCAGAGGCCGGUGGAGAAGAAGCCACUGUACCAUUACAAAGAAGGGAUGAGUCCUAGUGAGAAACCAGCAUGGGCCAAGGAGGUGGAGGAGCGGUCAAGGCUCAACCGGCAGAGUUCUCCGGCCAUGCCUCACAAGGUUGCCAACAGAAUCUCUGACCCCAACCUGCCCCCGAGGUCGGAGUCCUUCAGUAUCAGUGGGGUUCAGCCUGCUCGGACACCCCCCAUGCUCAGACCCGUCGAUCCCCAGAUUCCACAUCUGGUAGCGGUAAAAUCCCAGGGACCUGCCUUGACCGCCUCCCAGUCAGUGCACGAGCAGCCCACCAAGGGCCUGUCUGGGUUUCAGGAGGCUCUGAACGUGACCUCUCACCGCGUUGAGAUGCCACGCCAGAACUCGGAUCCCACCUCCGAAAACCCUCCUCUCCCCACUCGCAUCGAGAAGUUUGACCGAAGCUCUUGGUUACGACAGGAAGAAGACAUUCCACCAAAGGUGCCUCAAAGAACAACUUCUAUAUCCCCAGCGUUAGCCAGAAAGAAUUCUCCCGGAAAUGGUAGUGCUUUGGGACCCAGACUAGGAUCUCAACCCAUCAGAGCAAGCAACCCUGACCUCCGCAGAACUGAGCCCGUCUUGGAGAGCCCCUUGCAGAGGACCAGCAGUGGCAGUUCCUCCAGCUCCAGCACCCCUAGCUCCCAGCCUAGCUCCCAAGGAGGCUCGCAGCCUGGAUCGCAAGCGGGAUCCAGUGAACGGACCAGAGUUCGAGCCAACAGUAAGUCGGAAGGAUCUCCUGUGCUCCCCCACGAGCCUUCCAAGGUGAAGCCAGAAGAAUCCAGAGACAUUACCCGACCUAGUCGACCAGCUAGCUAUAAGAAAGCAAUAGAUGAGGAUCUGACGGCAUUAGCCAAAGAAUUACGUGAACUUCGGAUCGAAGAAACAAACCGCCCACUGAAGAAGGUGACUGAUUACUCCUCCUCCAGUGAGGAGUCAGAAAGUAGCGAUGAAGAGGAGGAAGAUGGAGAGAGCGAGACCCAUGACGGAACAGUGGCUGUCAGUGACAUACCCAGACUCAUACCCACAGGAGCCCCGGGGAACACGGAGCAGUACAAUGUGGGAAUGGUCGGCACUCACGGGCUGGAGACCUCUCACGCGGACACUUUCAGCAGCAGUAUUUCAAGAGAAGGAACCCUGAUGAUAAGAGAGACGUCUGGAGAGAAGAAGCGAUCUGGCCACAGUGACAGCAAUGGCUUCGCUGGCCACAUCAAUCUCCCAGACCUAGUGCAGCAGAGCCACUCCCCAGCCGGGACACCAACGGAGGGCCUGGGGCGCGUCUCCACCCAUUCCCAGGAGAUGGAAUCUGGGACUGAAUACGGCAUGGGGAGCAGCACUAAGGCCUCCUUCACUCCCUUUGUGGACCCCAGAGUGUACCAAACGUCUCCCACUGAUGAAGAGGAAGAGGACGAAGAAUCAUCAGCUGCGGCUCUGUUUACUAGUGAACUUCUUAGGCAAGAACAGGCCAAACUCAAUGAAGCACGAAAGAUUUCAGUGGUAAACGUAAACCCAACCAACAUUCGACCUCAUAGCGACACACCUGAAAUCAGAAAAUACAAGAAACGAUUCAACUCGGAGAUACUCUGUGCAGCUCUGUGGGGUGUGAACCUCCUGGUGGGAACAGAAAAUGGCCUGAUGCUUUUGGACCGAAGUGGGCAAGGCAAAGUCUAUAAUCUGAUCAACCGGAGGCGAUUUCAGCAGAUGGACGUGUUAGAGGGACUGAAUGUCCUGGUGACGAUAUCAGGAAAGAAGAACAAACUACGAGUUUACUAUCUUUCAUGGUUAAGAAAUAGAAUACUACACAACGACCCAGAAGUGGAAAAGAAACAAGGCUGGAUCACAGUUGGGGACUUGGAAGGCUGCAUACAUUACAAAGUUGUUAAAUAUGAAAGGAUUAAAUUCCUAGUGAUUGCCUUAAAGAAUGCUGUGGAAAUAUAUGCCUGGGCUCCUAAACCAUAUCAUAAGUUCAUGGCAUUUAAGUCUUUUUCAGAUCUCCAGCAUAAGCCACUGCUUGUUGAUCUCACAGUAGAAGAAGGUCAAAGAUUGAAGGUUAUUUUUGGUUCACACACUGGUUUUCAUGUAAUUGAUGUUGAUUCAGGAAACUCUUAUGAUAUCUACAUACCAUCUCAUAUUCAGGGCAAUAUCACUCCUCAUGCCAUUGUCAUCUUGCCUAAAACAGAUGGAAUGGAAAUGCUUGUUUGCUAUGAGGAUGAGGGGGUGUAUGUAAACACCUAUGGCCGGAUAACUAAGGAUGUGGUGCUCCAAUGGGGAGAAAUGCCCACGUCCGUGGCCUACAUUCAUUCCAAUCAGAUAAUGGGCUGGGGCGAGAAAGCUAUUGAGAUCCGGUCAGUGGAAACAGGACAUUUGGAUGGAGUAUUUAUGCAUAAGCGAGCUCAAAGGUUAAAGUUUCUAUGUGAAAGAAAUGAUAAGGUAUUUUUUGCAUCCGUGCGAUCUGGAGGAAGUAGCCAAGUGUUUUUCAUGACCCUCAACAGAAAUUCCAUGAUGAACUGGUAACAGAAGAGCACUUGGCACUUAUCUUCAUGGCGUUGUUUCUAAUUAAAAAGAACAUAACACAUGUGGACUUAUGCCAGUCUAGAGGCAGAAUCAGAAGGCUUGGUUGAACAUACCGCUUUCCCCUUUUCCUCUCCCCCAACCCGUCCUAGUACAGUCCACAGUCCAUCUUUCAGUGUUGCAGCCUGGUUGAGAAGGAGAGAAAAAGGUGGCAGGAAUUUCCAGGAGAUCCCCAAGAAUGCUGCGUUGUUUGUGGACAAAGAUGGACCAUGUGCCCUUCGGAGUUAGGGAUAGAAACAAAUAUUGUGUGCUCUUAUGAUUAAGCUGUGUUAUGGUGGGUUUUGAGUUUUGUUUUUGUUUUGUUUUUCUACCUUUUUUCUUUAUCCCCUUACUUUGUAAGAAUGGGGAGAGAGUGCAUACUGAGAAGAUGAGUCUGUUUUUAAUUCUGUCUGCCUGCUAGCUAUAACUAUACGAUAUGUUGUAAAAUUUCCAAUUUCAAAUGGUGAGAGACAGCACAAUAAAUGUACCUUAUCUCCUUACACUGAAGGCCAUAAUUGCAUAGUGGGGUAAUUUUAGAACUCUUUUGCCUUCACCAACCCAAAGGUUGCUUUUUGAUAGCAACUGGCUAAUGAAUUUUUAAAAGAGAAGAAAAAUACUAGUUUUCCCCUCUUUGGGGAAAUAGAUUUUAAAUGGCUAAACUACUAGCCUUAGACUAAUAAAAUCAACUACCAUUUUUGUGAGUCUGACAGGCCCUAUUUUUAUAUGGCCCUGUGCAGAAUGGAAUGUGUUGAAUGGGAUAGUAGUGCCAUUGAGUUGAGUUGGCUCUAGCGAUUGAGGGACUCUGUAACACAACUUUCCCUCAGCUAUUAUGCAACAGAUCAGGGCAAAAGAUGGGAUGACUGACGGGGUUGGACAAAAAGAGCUUCUGGGAAACUAAAAAAAAAAAAAUUUAUAUAUUAUAUCCGUAUAUAUAUAUACAUAAAUAAAUAUAUAUAUAUAUACACACACACAUUCUUUUUUUAAUGCACAAAGCCUCUAGCAAAGAGGUCACUGGCUUUGGGCUUCAUUAGGAGUAAGACUGUUGAGUUCUUUCUGGGAAUUGGGGAGUGAAUGACAUCCAGACUCUGGUCAUUCCCAGCUUUCUCCUGAGGGUGCCACUUUCUCAAGAUGAAAACUGUGACUGAAAAAAUAAUAAUAAUAAAUGUUUCUGAGCUGCCUGUGUUCUCUCUGGGUUGGUGAGAGAAGGGACUAGACUACUAAGCCUGCCUGAGACACAGCAGGCAUCAUUGGUUCAGAGUUUAUAGAACUUAAAAGCAAGGCUUUGGCCAGAAUUCUGAGACCCUAAUCAUUUUCCCUUCCUCCAAAUUACCCAACAUACGGUAAACAACAUUUGUGCAGAGAUAUGUAUGUAUUUAGUUCAGGUUGACUUGUGUCCUUAUAAACUCUUACUCAGAUGAUUUUGAACUUUGACGUGACUGUCUGGGUUUUUUUUUUUUCCAAAGCUACAAGCAUGGCCGCCUGUGGUAUCGAGGUGUUGCAAAACGAUAUGUGUUGCGCUUCCUGUUUUAACCUACCUCGUUUCGUUUGUUUUGUUUCACUGUUCAUCGCAGCAGUGUUAUCUCCAGGAGACAUAUAGAGAGCUCAACUGGCAAUCUCAGGUGUAUUUCAUACUUUUUAAACAAAACAGUAGUUGACCAAAUUGUUCUUCUUCAAAAAAUUUUUUAAAAAUCCAACUUCAACAAAAACUAAUGCGACUUGUUUCUGGAGAAAGCAAUUACUGUAAACAGAUUUUUUUAUUUCUUAAAGUCUGUGAUCCUACUGAUUUUUGCCUAAAUACAUUAGCAGCUGAUGUACUAUUAAUGAGAACGAAAUAGACGUUAGGAAAAUGGAGCCAUUUCAAUCUGGUGGUUUGGGUAAAAGGGGGAAGGGAAGAGGAAUUAUUGCAGUUUCUGAAGUAGGUGAUUAUGGCCCUCCUGUAGUGGUAGUUAUCAUAGCAUCAUUUCCAUUUGAAACAGGUAACACACAGUAAUGGAAUUGGGGAUUACCUUCAGGCAAUCACUGAGAUGUCCUCAUCAAGGUCCCUUUAGCUCUCAAAAGCAAUGAAAUCCUCCCGUUCUCAUUUUUACUGCUAUGGCUCUGCUAAUGAACAAUACUAUCUUCACAAAUUCCAUGCAAGAAAUUCAGCAAUAACUUUUUGGAUUGAAUUUAGCAACUACUGUAAUUGGAUGCUGAGGUGGACAAAAUAUAUUGAUUUGGGUCUCAUUCCCAAAUGUGAUUGCCACCAGCUCUUUAUAUCGCUGCUGUGGUAUCUUAAACCAGAAGCUUCUUUAAAUUAUGUUGCAAACUGAUCUUUGUUUUUAUGUUAUGUUUUGUUUUGAUUUCUAAGUGAUGAGUUCGAAACACACAGCUUUAAAUGAUUUUUUUAUUGUGGGAUUUGGGGUACAGUUAAGAAAUAAAAGGGAAUCAUUGUGUUUAAACAUAAGGUAGUUUGUGAAUGUAUUUUUUAAAAUCUAGAGUCAUUGAAACAAAACUCAUAAAAACAAUAUUAAUGCAGUCUUGUUUACAGUAUGUACAGUGACAUAACAUAGAACAUGAGCUUUUUCUGGUGCCAACAAUAAAACACAGACGUUAAACAUCAAGCCAUGCCUUUCUAUAUUUUUGUACAAAUAGUUUACAUGGAGUACAAGGCAAAACUAAAUUUAAAAGGGCCCCUAACAAAGCUGUGUUCCUUAACAGAUAUCUAAAAACUUCCUUGUAGCUUUUAUCUUCAAAAAUACAUUCUCUUCCAUCAGGACAGGCCCCAGGCCUGACACACUGAGACCCCGGUUGUGCUGAGUAUUUCAGACUAUUAUGGUACAUAGCAAUUCCCAGUUUUCUGGUUUGCUUAUCUUCUUUCUUCCUUCCUUUUUUUUUUUAAUGGUGGAGGGAGGGUUGUGCUUUUCGUCCAUCUUAAUAGCACCCUAGUAAAAAUUUCUUUAAUUUUUGAAACUAAUUAGUUUCAGUGUUUAGUUUUAGUUCUUCCCAGAGGGGAUUUUGUUUAUGAAAUUGGCUCAUUUUAUUUUUGUUGUUCUACAAAGUGAAACUGAGCCCUUGCCCCAAAGUAAGUUUCGCGAGAUCUUUUCAGGACUUACUGCUCUAAAUUGAUCAUCAUACUGUAAAAUCCGUGGAGCCUGCCCAAACCAUAGUCUUGGUUCAGGUUCUGACAGGUGACCAUCAUUCUGGGGUGCCAGUGAGGGGGAAAAUAGUGUGGAUUCCCACGUUCAUACUGUGGAAACAGAAGACCUCUAAGAUCUCCAUUCAAAUGGUGAGCGUUCUCCCCGUGCCGGUUACACCCCGGCCGUUGCCAGUGCACAGGGUAUGAAUGCAGACAGCUUGCACUGAGUUCCACACAGAAUCAAUGGCUCUGGUUAUAUAGAUGAUGCUAUUUUUCUUGAAGACUUAAAUGAUGCUUCAAGAAGACCUACAGCUAUUUCAACAGUAUAGAUCAAGGUCCAGAUGAAAUCCCACAAGGUCACCUGGACAGGGACUCCAUUUUUCUAAUACAAUGGCAUUGCUUUCUAAGAUACAUUUCUUACAUACUUGGCAUCAAGUACAUAUUUUUAAAAAGCAUCUUCAUUCCUGGUUGUCAAGACUUACUAACAGUUUUCUGUCUGCUCUUGUGACUCAUUGGUCAUUGGUGUCUCUGGUCCCUCUUGUGCGGUAGAUUAGACAGAGAUGUGAAAUUCAGGUAGGAACCCUUUUGGUUUUGUCCACUGCCAGACAAAGAAGUGCCUGAAGUCUGACCUCCCAUUCCAUGAAGUUAAAAAAAAAAAAAAAGGGAGGGGGGUUCUUUAUUAUUAUGUGUACCAGUUCUUGUCACUGUAUUCUGGAAAUGUGGAAGAGCUCUUUGUGUUGAUAGUGUGUGCUGUCCUUGGAAGUCUGCUUGAACAGGCAUCACUGCAUUUGUGCUGAUCGCUUUAAGAUAUGAAAUGUGCUACCUUAUUUUUAAGAAAGAAAAAAAAAUUUUUUUUUAGCCCACUGGAGGUAAACAGGAAAAUAACCACAACACACUGGUAACAAUUCUGAAUCAUCUUCCCAACCCCUGAUGUUCUCAAAUCCUUUCUGAUACUAAGUUCUGGCCCUCUCAACAGUUUCUGUGAAUGAUCAGUUAUCUUUUAGUUCAUUCCUCAAAAAUCUGAAUCUGACCAAAUCAAAUGAAGCAUAACAAACAAAUCUAUAACUGGUCUCCCUUGAGACUACAUAGUUACAAUGUAAAAAUCCAAAAAUCUAAAUGUGAUUUCAUUUACCUGCUAAUAUUUCUCAAAUGCCACUACAUUUUGGCUUUGAUGAGAAUAGUAGUAUCAGGAACCCUAAGGUGUGCUGUCCUUUCAUGGGCCUCAAAAUGGUAUAAACUGAACUCUUCUCAGAAGCCCCAGCAAAGAAGAAAAUCCCUUGAGAACUUUCAGGUUCAAAACUGACCAUUUGUACAUUUCUACCAAGCAUUUUUCAAGUGUUGUUUGAGUUCCAUACUGUAUCAUUGUUCUGGGAAUUUUUCCACGGGCAACGAGAAGAUUCAAAAAAAGUGUUAAACUGUAUGGGACCCUAACUCUCUGUUGCAAACUUUAUUGUAGGCCUGCCAUUCCGGGAAGUGCCAGAAUGUGGCAAAACUAAAAUCCCCACAGAAGUGUGUUUUUAAACAGAAGUCCCUGGAUACGUUUUUUGAGAUAUUUUAAAUUCAGAUCAAAAUCUUGGACUCUGUGUCCACGAUGCCAAACAUUUUGAUUAAGACUAAGCAACACAGUUAGAAAUAGAAAUGUUCUAAAGAUUACAGAGUUUUGGCUUUGCAUAGGUAUCUUCAAACUAACUCAACUCCUCACAUGAGGGUUUGGUUUUGAUGGUUUGUUUUUACCAUCAGUGGGUGGCAUCGCACUACUGAGCCUGAGCAAAGGCUGGUGGAGAGGUGAGUUUUGUUUCCCGAAGUGGGUCAUUAUGUGUACAUAGCAAAUGUCCAUGCCCCAGUUGCCCCUUCCUCUUAAUCUCUUACCCUGGGGUUAGUGUGGAGGAAUAGUAAUAUUGUAUCAUGCUUUGUAUAAAAACCUCAGUUAUUACCCUGAAUCAGAAUUUCAACUGUUAGGUGACAGCAAGAAAUCACAGCAAGGGGGGAAAAAAAGAUGACAGCUCGGAUGAACUUUAAAAUUGGAUGUUGUGAAACUAUUUUUGUGCAUUUUAGCGUUCUUAUUUACAAUGUCAGCAGAACCGUAGAGAUGCCAAGUUUACAAGAUUGGGAAGGGAGGCUGUCAUUCUGCUAUGCCUACAAGUGUCUACAUUGUUGAAAUCUUCAGUUUUCUAAAGUGUUUCACAUUGUCAAAAAUAUGCUCAACCUGGGUAAGUCUUACCUGUGUUAAGGUAUAAAAGAAAAUUUUCUUGGCAUAUUUUCUAGUCUGAACCUUUUGGGUACUUUCCAGUAUUUCUUUCCUGCAUACAAAAAGCCUUCAGUUUUUGUGCAUAGUUGUUCUGAGCAAUAGUUAGAAAUGAUUUGGUGGGUUCUAAGCCAGGGUUUUCCCAUAGAGUCACUGCCACGCCUUGGGAUAUAUUAUGUUAUCUCUGUCAAAAUGUGAGUAAUAAAGCAUUAAUAGUUGCAGGA